ACCUAAACGUUUAGGUUAGUUCUUUCUCUCACCAGUUUGUUGGAGUUGGGUUUUUCUCGCUCUUUCCGGGCUAUAUAGUUCUUGGCAGGCUGCUUUGUGCCGAUUUGAGAGUCUUGAGCAUCCUCUUCCGCUCAACCCAAAGAUCAAGGAAGAGCUGCAAGCUGUGACUAAACUUCCAAUGGACUCAUCAAAGCUUAACCCAAGCUGGACCCUGGAGUCCUCUCAGAUGCCCAAUGAAGAAAAUUCCCGGGAAGACUCGGCUGCCUCACCACCUAUUUCAGAAGCGUUAAUAAAGAACCUUAGUAACUUGACUCUCAGCCCUACUACCAAAUUCCCUCCUCUUCUACCAGAAGGCCCACCCCAACAGCCUGACAGAGAAAAGAAAUUCCAGGGGUUAAGUGAUAGCAUACCCUACAGGAGGAGGGGAGUAAGGACAUUGUUAACUGCCCGGAAAGAAAGGAUGCAAAGGAUGAUACAAAUUAUUAAAUACCGCUACUCCAGCCAACUUCCUGUGCUUCAAAGAGAACAACGACAGAAGGAAAUUGAGGUCGAAUCAAGAAUUCAAAGAUUUAGAUGUAGCUGUCAUUAUUGCCUGUAUCAUAGAGAUCUCUCUGAGAAUACUAGCACGGAGAAUAAUUAUGACACAGAGCCAACUGAGCCAUAAACCUUAUUCUUAUUCUUGCUAGUAAUUUUAGGAUUAUUAUGCAACAUCUUGGGAAAGCUACUCUAUGCUCGGAUGGACUGUAUACCAGUAUUUUGAUAACCUGUAAUAUAAAUUCUGUGAUGUCUUUUUUUCUUGCAUCUCUUUUCUACCUUGAUACCAGUAACUUAUAAGGAAUCUAUGUAGUUUGCAUUUGAAUGACUUUGAUAUACUUUAACUUCUUGAUUUGACCCAAAGAAGCACUAAUAUGUCUCAAAUAUUGUCUGUUUUAGAAGCGUGAAGUCAGUAAGAUGAAACCCAAUAUCAAGAAUUUGAAGCAAAGUAACUUGUGUGGAAAGAAUGUAAAGAACAUUGGGUGGUUUGGCUAGAGCAUGAUUAGAGCAGGAUGCGUUAACUAGAUUUUCUAGUUUUCAAAUUUUGAAUUGUAAUAAUUUUUGGUGCUUUUUCAAUUUUCAGUAGCAAAUAAUGUGUGUAUAGAUGAUCUUAAUAAAAUUGAGAUGUAUUUGA